CUGGAGCGGAGCCUCCGCCGGCGGAGCACAGCGGCUGCUGGGCAGGCGAGGAGGCAGGCAGCUCCCCGGGGACCACGCAAAUGCCGCCUGCCCAGAACGCGGCUAUUUAUAGCGGCCGGGAGGAGGCAGGGCCCGGCCCAGCUUCCGCCGCUGCCCCCGCCCCGGAGCGGCAGCCCGGCCACAGCAGCAGCGGGACGGGCGCUGGGGCAGAUGCCCUGCGCACAUCCCAGACCCUCUCUGCUGUGCCUUGCGUUGAGCCUGCCCAGCAAGAAGGGCAUGUCCUGACCUCACGCUCUUGAGAUGGCAGCUAUCGCCAGCUUCAGCGCCACCUGCCCCGGCGACCCUGAGCCCGGGGACCUGAUUGAGAUCUUCCGGCCCGCUUACCAGCACUGGGCCCUUUACCUGGGUGACGGGUACAUCAUCAAUGUGACACCUGUAGAUGAAGGGCCCCCAGCCACAUUCGCCAGCGCCAAGUCAGUGUUCAGCAGAAAGGCCCGGGUGAGGAUGCAGCUCCUGAAGGACGUGGUGGGAAACGACACUUACCACAUCAACAACAAGUACGACGGCACCUACGCUCCCCUCCCGGUGGAGGAGAUCAUCCGGCGUGCUGAGUACCUCAUCGACCAGGAGGUGUCCUAUGACCUGCUCGGCAACAACUGCGAGCACUUCGUGACCCUGCUCCGCUAUGGCGAGGGGGUCUCUGACCAGGCCAAACGAGCAAUUGGUGCCAUUGGGUUUGUAACAGCUGCUGCCGGUGCCUUCUCCUUGCUGGGCUUGCUCCGGAGCAGAUCCAGAGAGAAACAGUACUGAUGGGCCACCAGGACAAGCUCGGAGCAGGUCAGGGAGCCCCUGGCCAGGAGGGACCCAGGACAGUUUGUGGCCACCACUGCCACUGAGACUCACUAACAACUGUGUUGUCCUUGCUGAGAGCAGCCCUAGCCUGUUUGCCACAGCUGCUUUUAUUUCAUUGCCUGUAAUGAUUUUUGUGGUAGUCUGGGAGCACUUGCAAAUUCUCCAUCCUCACACCCCCGGUGUUCUGCUGAGGGCUGGCACAGGCUUUCUACACACAUCCUAUUUUUAUCAGCUACAUUGUGUGGGCUCGUUUUGUGGAUAACCUAUUUUAACCUUAACAUUUUUACUUUUUUUUUUAAAUCAAAAGUAAUGUAAAAGUAUUGCUGAGGGUUUAUUGUGCGUCCUCCAGCUGAGGGCCCAUGCAAGUGGAAAACCCCAGGUUCCCAGGCCUGUGAAAGGGCAGACAAGGCACGUACUGUGCCUCGGAGCCUGUGCCUGCAGUGCCUAAACUGCGGAGCCGCUCCUGCAAGGGCAGGAGGUAGGCAGGAAGGAAGGGCAGGUCUUACAGGCUGUAUCCCUCAGCGUUUUCAGUGAGUGCUCUGGUUUUGGCAUGAUGCUGUUUUGCUCAGUUUUCUCCUGUCUGGAGAGCGUCCCUUUGCCUGGCUUCUCUGGCUCCAGUCUGGGGGGAUCCUGACAAAAAAACCCAGCUAGCUUUUUCCCUGGCAGCUGUUUGUUCCAGGUUGGGGCCACUGUGCCACUGAAGUUUCCCUCUUCAUCCCCGUACACACAGUAAUUGUUGGCAUUGGACCUGACCAAGCUUACUAGGUGAUCUUCAAGGUCUCUUCCAACCCAAACCUUUCUAUGAUUCUAAUCCUUGGUCUGCCAAAGCACCGAGGUUUAAAGAAAGACCACCAUGGAUUGCAAGGGCAGCCAGGAGCCUUUGUCCCCCACAGCUGGGGCUGUUGGCUCUUCAGUGACCAGAAGCUGAAUUCAAGCAGUUUGUACCUCCAGCACAAGUAAGAUCUUUCUCCAGCGAAGCCAGGGUCCCCAUGGUGCUGUGGGCCGUGUACCUGGAGAAUGACCUGUGCAGCACCUAUGCCCCAUUUCCCACUCUACAGAGCCCCGCUAUUUCCUUGUCACAAAGCUGUGUGGCUUGUCUUAGAAAAAAAUGGUUUUGGGAAAGUGUGAUUUAUUACUCUUUACCAGGAGUAUCUGGCUUGCAUGUUUGGAACCAUGUUAUUUGCAGACCACAUGUAAGAAAAUUAAAUCCUGUGUUGUUUUUGCCACAGGCAACUGCCUGUGUUGUGAAGAGAUGAGAGCAAAAGAGCUGUCUGUAAGAGACUUGCUAUUUUUGUCUGUUCUUAACACAUACAUAAUGGGAUCAGAAGCUUUUUUUAAACAUCAGUUGUUUCAGUGUUUGAAAUAACAAAGCCAAGACUUCUGGUCAUAUUUUGUAGUGCCCUCUGUUACUACAUUUAAAUAAAGUUCUUUUUUAAUGUGGGAAAACAUAAUAAAACCAAACCUGAAAGUCCUA